CGAACACAGCCUAAUUUUGCUGUACAAUCCACAUCAGUUUGUGGACCAACAUAUCAUAAUUAUUGUAAGCCACUGUUUUGACAGCGCACUUCACGUCGGCCAAGUGACAGAUUCCAAUUCGAUAUUUUUAGGGAGUUUAUCGCUCUUAUUUUCUAUUAAUGAUGUUGUCUCAAUCAAUUUUAUCUGGAGUUCGGGUUCUCCGAACAGAAGCCCGCAGAAGCUUUGGUAUCGUUGCACCGGCUAUGCAAAAAGUGUCGGAUCCAAUUCAACAGCUUUUCUUGGAGAAGGUUCGCGAGUACAAAUCGAAGAGCGCAGGUGGCAAAAUGGUAGACCCAACACCAGAGAUCGAACGUGAACUCAAAACCGAAUUGGAACGCGUCGCUAAGCAAUACGGCGGCGGAGAGGGUACCGACAUGACUAAAUUCCCAGAAUUCAAAUUUGAGGAACCCAAAGUUGAUCCCAUUAACUUGCAAUCAAAGUAAAAAGCGAGGUCGUGCCGUGUAACAGCCAACAUCAUUUAAGCGAAUUCAAAUAAAACACAGUUUAGUCUUUAAAUAA